AUGAAAAUUAAAAAUGUCGAGUACAGGAGGCAGAAAACGUGCCUAUCGAUUUUUGCGGAUACCUAUAAAGACUUUGCGGAAAACACUAGUAUACAUGGUUUAAAAUAUACAGUCAAACAGGAUAUUGGAUUGUAUGAAAAGUUGUUCUGGAUAUUAGUAGUUCUCAGCGGACUGUGCGGAGCAGGGUACAUGACAGUUCUUUUUUGGGAACGCUACACGAGCAAUCCCACUAGAACCACUAUCUUAACAGCAUUCGCACCGACCACAGCCAUCGCAUUUCCAGCGGUCACCCUCUGCAAUAUCAAUCGAAUUAUCGCCUCCAAAGUUGACAAAUUCAUCGAAGAAUUACAACUUUCAGGGGUAGACGCCAGUUUAGCCAAAAGGGCCUUACCACAAUUAUUGGCAUUCACAAAUCCCAGUUCUGUACCAUAUAACUCAUCUGAUUUAGAAAUGCUGGAGCUUAUUCUGUCCAAGUACAACAUUAGGGAUCCUUUAAUUGUUAUGAGUAAGAUUUCGCAAUCCUGCAAAGAAAUGCUAAAGAAAUGCGUGUGGAAUUCCAAAGAAGAAGAGUGCGUAAAAUUGUUCAAAGAGUCAUUAACAAUGGAGGGAAUUUGCUGUUCAUUUAAUUAUCAAUCCGAUGGGAAAACAAUGUAUACGUCGGGAAAUGGAAUGAUGUCUGGUCUCUUGGUUGUUGCUGAUACUAUGAUUCAAGUGAAACAAUAUUCAACAUUAUAUGCUUUAGGAUUCAAAGUGUUAAUCCAUACCCCACAGGAUUUUCCCGGCAGUGACUCAAUCUAUAAACUGAUUGCAAAUAAUAGGAAUUCUUAUAUGCAAGUGAUGGGUAAAUCGAUGAGGUGUAGUUCUGAGGUGAAAGAUUUACCAAUUGAACAGAGAGAAUGCGUAUACCCGUACGAAGUGGAGCCGCUCUAUUUCCAUGACGAGUACGCAGACACAAACUGCUACGUGGAAUGCGAAGCCAAUCAUUACUUUGAUGUUUGUGAAUGUGUUCCUUUUUAUUACGCUUUUUCGGAUAAACCGUCGUGCAAUAUAACAUCAAUUCCUUGUUUGGACCAUGCCAAGAAAUUAAUAAGUGUUAAUGAGCAGUUGAACUGCUAUUGUCCUGUACAAUGUGAAGAUUUCAACUACGAGAUUUUAAUGACCAGUACAAGAAUUGAUAAGCUUAAUACACUGCACAGUCCAAUACUACGAGAGGAGGAUAUUCCUAAAGAUGUUGUACUGCUGAAUAUUUACUUUCUUUCGGAUACUCAAACAAUUAUGAUGAGGGACACAGUUACCUCUACAAUAUAUUUAUUAUCAUCUUUUGGUGGCGUUUACAGUCUUUUUAUGGGAUGCAGCAUCAUGACAAUCGCAGAGAUCAUUUACUUUUUUGUCAUACGAUUGGUAAUUAACUUAAAAUUUUUUGGAAGAGUCGACAAUCCCGUAACUUACAACGACGCACUAAAAUGUCCCAAACUAAAGGAUAAUAAUACAACAGACAAUUAUUAUUAUUUCAGAAAUGAACCCACAUAUUUUUUGCACUAGACAUUUAAGUUAAUAUUUUACUGCCGCGGUAUCAAUAAAUAAGUUUUAUAAACAAA